AUAAGGCAAUCAAAGCGAGUAUACGGUUAUGUUCAAGCGUUUUAUUUCAUUACCCUUUGAUGAAACGAGAAACUUGGGUCAAACUCCGUAGCAAACACACAGUUGCUAUGGUAACAAUGCCGCUUUAUCGCGCCAUCCCACAAAAGCUGUGAACCAGUUGUGUACAAGUAGGUUCUGAUAGUAAGGUGUGUUCGUUUUUUCAGUUGACUAUCUUCUAUCUUACAGAGUUCUGCUACGAGUACUAGUUUAGUUUUAUUAUUUGGUAAAAUCUCUUCUCUGUUACACAAUUUAACAAGAAAAACUGUUGACGAAAUUGAAGGAAACGAAAAGUGUUGGAUCGCGUUUUGUGCUUGGGAAGUGGUUUAACCACUAGCUUCAUUCCACUCACUGCAGCGUAUAAUAUAUCUGGCCGUGUUUGGUUUUUUGUGUUGUUUUUUGAGAAAACUAUUUUUGUUUGGGUUCCCCUCGAAAACGAGCUGAAAAAUAACACCGCAUCACGUUGGUUUGCAGAUAGAACUUGAUGUAGCCCAUGUAUAAGAGGCAUUGAAUAUUUAGAUGGAGUGGCCCUUCUAUUUAAAUUAUGUACAUGUUCAGGUUACAGCAAUACUGAAUGUUGUCACUUUAUUAUCGGCUUGCGGCUCGUGUUGACUCAGCCCUUGCGCCAGAAAAGUUCACGUUCCGUGUGUGUUUUGUUUUUCCCUCUGUUUCCGUGUAGCUGUUUCAGCUGUGGGAAACCAGGGACGAGGGAUGUCCAAAACUGUGCUCGCAACAUUACACCCGUCACGCUCUCACAAGUGCACAUGCGUAAACUAGAAACCACCAAACUAAUAACUAACUCAAACCCUUUAACGUUCAAGUGUCGGUGAAUUAAAAGUUUAUCUUCGUUUGAAAAAUUUUAUCUAGCUCAUCACACUUUGAACACACGCUGCAAUUUCUCUGGCGUUAUGUUGACGUUGUCAGACUUUUUUUCCCUCCUAUCUUGACUAUGCUUUUCGUUUUUGGUAAAGACCAUAUGAUGGACGACGGAUCGGAUUUUCUAUUGCCAAUACCAAUAUUCAUUCCGCAAUUGCGGAGCCCCAGUGAUAACCAGACCGAAUUUCAGCAACAGAAUCAGUUUUCUCCCAACAGAAAUGAAGACUCCAAUCGAAAUCGUUUGGCGACGAGUGAAUUUUAUUUGCAGUUAACAUUCAACGGAAGCAGAGAAGCCAAUCGGCCGUCAUCUAUUCAGUUAUCAUCCCAGUCAAUGGAAGAAGAGGCCAUGAGAUGCCAGCAACAACUAGUCGCCAGCCAACAGACACUGGCCAAACUAGAGGCCGAAGUGGUCCAGCUCGAACGGACUAACGAAGGAUUGCGCUCCGAAAGCGAAGUCCGUGAGUUGAUGGCAUUAGAGCAAGUUAUAAAAUGUCUUGAAGAGGAACUAAUCCAGUGUCGAGCCUCAUCAGUAAAAAGUAACGAGGACCUAGUCAAGAAAACUGCCAUCGCUAAAACUACUCGCACAAAACGUUUCGAAAUCGAAUGUGCGUUGAGGGAACUUCAAUUGAGUAUAUGUCGACGGAAACUCGAGUACGCAACAGCCAAAGCUCUCGAUGACGAAGAUGAUGGAAGUUCAUCGGACGAAGAUGCUUCAGCCACCGUCUCAAACCUUCCUGAAGAAGAAGAGCGGAUCUCAUCACUGCAAAAAGAGCUGGAAGAAUUGAGUCAGUUAAAUAAUCGAGCCUUGAUCGAAGCUCAAGAAGCCGAAAGACUGAACGCCAACCGACAAAGUGAGCUUGCACGGACUCAAUUGGACCUGGAACAAAGAAUCUCCAUGGGUAGGAGCGAGUGUGAGGCUCGACGUCAGAACCUUUCUGAGAAACGCCAACAGCUCGACAGAAAUCUAUCUUAUCUGGUUCAAUUGGGGCAAGAUAUCACACAAGAAAAGCUGGCGGAAAUUGGGCUUCUUCAACAGAUUGCUUUGAUCGAAGCAGCCCAAAAGAUUGAGAACUUGGAGCGCUCGGCUCGAUGUCUCUUGACCGGAAAUAGUUCACCAUACAACGGAUAAAAGUGACACAGAUUCACCCCAUAUCACGGUCCACAGAGACACAUGCACUAGUCUUAAUUAGCACUCGAAUAGGCUGCAGAGAGCUUAAAUGUUUAAAGACUUAUGGCCACAGUUUUCUUGAUGUUAUUUUGCAAUUCUUUUCUUGUGUUAUUGAUAAUCUCACUCAGAUGAUUAAAUGCAGGGAUUUUAAUCACAUAUUUGUCUGAAUUUAUGUGGUGUUUAUUUUACCAUUGCAUGACGACUGUGCACCUCAUUUUGUGGUAAAAAUGACGAAUAAGAAUAUACUGAUCAUUAAAUUUGA